AUGGCUGGAUCAAAACGGGCAUAUAGUCGCGUUCAAGAGGGCCCCUGGAUGCCUGUUAAUGUCAGUGAGAUUGGGAUAAAACGGCCUCGCGUGGCGCUGACUACUCAUGGCGCAUCAUACACGAGCCUUCCUUGGAUUCGUACGAACAACCUACCAGUGACCCCAGAGGAAGGCACUCUAAUCGCUGCAACCUACACUAGCGACAAGUGUUGGGAAUCAUUGCCACCUGCUCUUUCCACUGCCCCCUUGUAUCCGCGUCCAAUAAACCUCCCCCAAUGCCAAGCUGCAACGUCGUUACCAACACGUUGCAUAUCCGCGCCCCCCUCUGGACCAAUUCCUCUUUCAGAGCCCACGAGGCGCUCUUCUCUCGUCGAAACCUUGGUGCGUCCGAAUCCAAUUCGGCGAGACAGCGCACCUACACCGUUCUUGCCUUCACUUGCGUCGGCCACUGUACCUGUUUGCCGAACCGCUUUCGGCGACUCUUAUUUUUCGUCUUCGCCGACCUCGGGCUCGGGCUCAACGACCAGUAGUAUCGUCUCAGGGCCUGCUAGCCCGGUGACUAUAGGUCGCACGAGUGGUGCUGCGGACCAGCGUCUCGCGCAAUUUGCCCGGUGUAAUGUGCAAAACGGAAAGCUUGGCGAAUGGACGACCGAGAAGAAGGAUAUUCUAUGCGCAUAUUUCCUUACCAAUUCAUUUCCGAAUAUGAAUCAGCGAGAAGCGCUGGGGCGACAAACAUCCCAGGUGUCUAAAUUCUUUUCCCGUACUCGGUCGGAGAUCAAGUAUGCUCGUACGACUUUGGAACACCUUGAAGAACAGGCGACCUUUGGAAUGAGGCUCGUCAACGAUAAUGGCUUCGUCAUCCCCUACGAGCUCGGCGCCGAUGCCAAGCCGAACCCUAGACGUGGCCGGGGGCGUGGACGUGGGCGUGGAAGGGGCCGAGGACGUGUGGAUGACCAGGGGAAAGCACGAGGAGGUGGUCGGGCCGAUUCGGUGUGCUCGGACGCCGAUAAACUUGACGCUAUCGCAGAAUCGUUCGACUCACACUCACGACCCGGGUCUGAUCACGUUGGUUCCCCUAAUACAGUCGAUAUUCGCGGAGGAUCCGACUCAACGCUGGGUUCAGGGAUAAUUCCUUCCUCGGUUCGAGAAGCUGCCCGUAGCUUGAUGUCCAUAUCCUCUGCUGUGUAUCACUCCACGCAGACUCAAGGAGUGCGUCCUGAUAGAAUUGAUAUCACCUCCACCUACGCUUCCACCAAGGUAUCCUCCACCCGUUCUCCAGGGUUCAAACAUGGGCCGCCGUCCAACCGAGUCAAGAUAGUAGCUGGGGUGAACACGGCUGCUACCGUUCCAUGCAACACACCGGGCUACCCUAUCCUCCCCGAUCGUCAAACUGCAUCACUGUUUGGACCGGACGCUAGGAGGCUUCCUAGCCCAAACCCAUCUAUACUGCGCGGGCACUCGGGCAGCCAUGGCCUUGGGGCAGGUUCUCUCACGAGCGCCAAUCAGUUAGCUAGUGGGGAUGGGGCCUCAGUCAAACCGAUCAACGUGGAUUCGUUGUCCCUCGCGGUAGAUGUCUUUUUGGGUGCCACCACCUUGGCAAGGUGA